AUACUGGACCACAUUCUCACCUAUCCCGGCAGCUAUGAAAUCCCGCUACGCACCAUGUACACUCUCAACUGCGGCCCUCGAAAUUCGAACGCAUUUGCCACUCCCACCUCGAGCAAUGCCAGCUCACCACACCUACCCCAAGCUUCUUUCCAGGACACCCCUUCCCGCCAGACAUUGACAGAGAACCUCAUGACUCAGUUGUCACAACUUCCCAACCAACCUUCAACCCUACCACCCUCCUUCAUCACCUCGUUUCUUCAGAAUUGCUUUCCUCCCCAUCUCACCGAUGUCGACUUUCCGCAGGCCCUCACUGGAUUGGACUACCUCAAGGACCUGGAAACUCGGCGCCGGAAGGAAGUUGCAGCGGCCUUCAGCCGGCUGGACAUCAACCGCGACGCCCUCGACCAGGAUGCCUUGGCGUUGUCGGAACGAUAUCCUGGCGUGCUUCAGUGGGUGAAGACGAUUGAAGAAAAGGAGCGCAAGAUCGAUGCCCUCUACACGCAAAUCUACGUGGGCCUACGACGCUGGAUCCUGGUCAACGAGCUCUCCUUACUCCCCUUCCACAAGCACAACUGUGUCGCCAUGCUCAACACUCUUUAUCCACCAGCCGGCAUCACCGAGCAAGCGCAACCGACAAGCCGACUCACGCCUACCGUGCUUAAGGAGCAACGCGAUGGCUUCUUCAAAUACAUCCAAGCUGUUGAGAAGAAUGGCCCGCGCAUCCUGAACAACCUCAUGCAACAGGGCAAGGCACCAACCGACGUCAAUGGCUGGUCAGCAGUUGUGCGAAAUCUUACCAUGUACCUACAAGCCGCCAACAGCAUGUUGAAGGAAUGCGAGCACAUCUUUGACAUCGAAGACGUGUUGUCGCCUCGCAAGAACGGCAACUCUGGGUCAUCGCGUCACACACGCAAAGCCGAUUCGGGAAUCAGCUUCAAUAGUAAUGCCAGUUCCGAACGACGCCCAUCGACUGGUAGAUCCGAGAAGGAGCCUGCAUCACCCAUCGAGUGGAACCGACCUAAGACACCCAGCGGUGCACGACACGGCACUGCACUGGAGAAGCUUGCGAGAGGCCUCAAGACCAUC